AUGUCGAUUGAAUUGGUGAGCGUCGACUCUUUUCCAAUCAUUCAAAGCUGGCUAUCGAUUUUCAGCGUACCGGCUCUGUUCUUCAACUUACUUGGCGUCUACAUCAUCUAUGUGGGCACACCGAAACGACUCGGAAGCUAUAAAUACUAUCUGUUAACCAUGCAGCUGACCGGUGCAGUGUUUGACUUCGGUUUGAUCUUUUUCACUUUUCCCAUCUCAGCCACACCCAUUUUGGGAGGGUAUUUCCUUGGACUCGCCAGCUCUUUUGGAGUUUCGACCAUAUCACAGUUUGUGAGUUUCGUCGAU